AUGCGUGCUGCCCCGCUCGUAUUUUGGGCCGUUUUCCCGCGUUUGGGAUGUUUCUGGUGCUCCUCCCGAGAGGAGGAGGAGGAGGAGAAGGAGGAGUUGUCUGCUCUGACGCUCGUGCGCUCGGGCUUGAAAAGUUUUGCGAGGCGGGCGCUGAGCCCCGAUCGCCGCCCCGCCAGCCGUGACGUGGCCGCGCCCCGACUGCCUGCUGGCCUGCGGGCUGCCGGUCUGCUGCAGACCCUGAACGCCGCCGAGUCGGCCUGGUGCGCCGCCAUCUGUUGCUCAAGCUGCCCUCCCCCUUCCCUUUCCCUCCUCCUCCGCCGCGUCCUGUUUCUCUUUGCCCUCGCUCCUCCGUAG